AUGGCGACGCCGGCUGUUGUUGUCGAGCGGGCAUCCAAGUAUUACGGUAAAAAGGGCGGAAAUGAUUACAAACCAGUGCUUCAGAAUUUGGACAUGACCGUCGAAAGGGGCACAAUCUACGGCCUCCUUGGCGCGUCUGGGUGCGGCAAAACCACUCUUCUGUCGUGUAUCGUCGGCAGACGACAUUUGGACAGUGGAAACAUAUGGGUGUUGGGUGGCAAACCUGGAGAGAAGGGCAGUGGGGUUCCCGGACCCCGUGUGGGGUACAUGCCCCAGGACAUAGCUUUAGUCGCCGAGUUCACAAUACGAGAUGCCUUAUACUACUUUGGCCGGAUUUACGGCAUGUCGAACAAACUAUUAGCUGAACGUUACGACUUCCUCUGCGACCUCCUGGAGCUACCAGCAGGUGACAGCUUCACAAGCAAUUGUCAGGCGGUCAGUAGCGACGUGUGUCAUUGGCUGCUGCUCUGGUACAUGAUCCUGAACUCCUUAUUCUUGAUGAACCUACUGUGGGGCUGGAUCCGAUGCUACGAGAGAAGUAAGUCCUCUUUGUUAGAAAAACAUGUUUCUUGGAAAAUGUAUCGCCUUUUUUAA